AUGGCCCUGCCGAAACGUAUUAUCAAGGAGACGGAACGACUCAUGGCUGAGCCGGUUCCCGGUAUCAACGCCGUUCCUCACGAAGAUAACUUGCGGUAUUUUGAUGUUUCCAUCCAUGGCCCCGCUCAGUCUCCAUAUGAGGGUGGCAUCUUUCGACUUGAGCUAUUCUUGCCCGACGACUACCCCAUGACUCCUCCCAAGAUUCGCUUCCUGACCAAGAUAUACCACCCCAACAUCGAUCGUCUCGGCCGUAUCUGCUUGGAUACAACUGGUCCCCCCGCUCUCCAGAUCCGCACUAUCCUCCUCUCGAUCCAGGCCCUCCUCGGUGCUCCCAACCCCGACGACCCUCUCGCCAACGACGUUGCCCAGCGCUGGAAGGAUGACGAGCCCGCAGCGAUUCAGACGGCCAAGGAGUGGACUCGCACUCAUGCGAUGACUUGA